AUGCUGCAAAACGUUAGCACCUCCUUGGCUGGAUUUGUCCGUGCAAAUAAUGGCUUACGGUAUAUCAGCGAUCGUAAUUGCAUCAUCCGUAGAGAAGAUCAGUUGUCCAAGGGCAAAGUGAAGUUGAUCUCUGGCGGUGGAAGUGGCCACGAGCCCGCCCACAAUGGCUACGUCGGAAAAGGAAUGCUGGACGCGGCCGUUUGCGGAGAUGUGUUCUGUUCACCGUCGGCUACAUCGAUCGUAGAUUGUCUUCGGAUGGUGGCCGAUCCAGAUGAUAGUGUGCUGUUCAUCGUUAACAACUACACCGGUGAUCGGUUGAAUUUUGGGCUGGCAGUAGAACGAGCUCGAUCGCAGUACGGAUACAAACGCUUGCAGAUAUUGCUCAACGAUGAUGACUGCUCGAUCAUGGAAUCGAUGACAAGGAAGUCCGUUGGAAAGCGAGGACUAGCUGGGUGCGUUUUACUGAUCAAAAUGUUAGGAGCGAUGGCUGAGCUGGGUUCGGCGAUGGAUGAAAUAGUUGAGUUUGGAGAGAGGCUAUUGCGAGAAGGCUUCAUUGCAACGUUUGGGUUUACAUUUGACGUGAUCGACGGGAAACUGCAUAAUGUUGAAUUGGGUAAAGGACUCCACGGUGAACCAGGCGUGUACAAAAUGGGUCAAUGUAAUGGAUUUGACUCAGUUAUUUACUUCGCUUUGGAUAGGAUAGCUGCAAAAAUUGCUCCCUACAGCGACAACGAUGUAGCCGUUCUAGUGAACAAUCUUGGAGGAACAUCGGAGUUUACUUUGGGUGUUUUUCUGAGCACACUAUUGCCUAUGUUGGCGAAUGAUUACAACGUGAAACGCGUGUAUGUAGGAAACUUUUUUACUUCCUUAAAUCAAUCCGGUCUGUCGAUAACUUUGCUCAAUCUCAAGUACUCCGAUAAAAUUCUGCAAUACUUGAACUACGAGGUACAAGUUGCAUCAACAUUGUUUGGAGGACCUCCGUCGUACGAUCUACCCCCUUCAGAAGCGUUCAACUUCGAUGACCUUGAGAAAUACCAAAUGAAUGGCAAUACUGGCGAGUUCAAGUUAUCCUUUGAUGAGUCUGCUCAGUCCAUUAUCAAGAGUAUUUUGAAGAAUAUUGGAGGUACGUUGCUCAAUAAUCGCGAGUUACUCAAUACCUAUGAUGGAGAAUGUGGAGACGGUGAUACAGGAAACACCAUAGCCAAUGGAGCGACCGCUUUGCUUGUCAACCUCGAAUCAACCCUAGAUGUGUGUUAUCCAGCAAAAAUGUUCCAAGAAUUAAGCAAAAUCAUGCAAAUGAACAUUGGCGGCACUUCUGGAGCAAUCUACAGCCUUUUCUUGCACGCCGCUUUUAAUGCGUUUCUAGAAGCAGACGACGAUCCAAAGAUCACCAUCAAGCAUUGGUUAUGGGCUCUGACCUACGGAAACUCAGCAAUUAUGCAGUACGCCCAAACAGAAAUAGGCGAUCGUACCAUGCUUGACCCUUUGAAAAGAGGAGAAGAUGAUCUUCGACGAGCAAUUCUGCAGAACCUCUCAACAGUACGGUGUGUCGAAAAAUUUGCCACAGCAUGUGAAAUUGAAGCCAAAGCCACGCGAAAAAUGAUUCCAAAGUCGGGAAGAGCCUCUUAUUGCGCAACCCAGUCAGGGAGGGGGGAUUUCGAGCACCCGGAUCCAGGAGCACAUGCCGUUGCUUUGUGGGCCAGGGCAUUGGCCGCGGCUUACAAAGAAAAUUAUGUUGAAUAG